UACUCCCAAGUGGCAAUGCCGUCUUGUUUGAGCCUCGGCUACUGGGGUGCUCGGGAAAAAUUUCAUAUCAGGGCGAACACAUCGCUGUCAGACUUUCAUCUAAUCUGUUGGUGGGAUUUGCACGUGCGGUCGGUUGGUUCCGUAUCAUAUUUUACAUCUUUCGCAUAUUCAUUCCAUUAUAAAUUCAUCCAAUUAGAAAUGGCAAACGUUGCAAGGCGACUAAUCCCAUUGUUGGACCGUGUACUAAUUCAAAAGGCUGAAGCUGUAACCACAACGAAAGGAGGAAUCGUCCUUCCUGAAAAGGCACAGGCAAAAGUCCUGCAAGGAACUGUGGUGGCCGUCGGUCCUGGAUCUCGUAAUAAUAAGGGAGAACAUGUCGCGCUGGGCGUGCAAGUUGGUGACCGAGUCCUAUUGCCCGAGUACGGCGGCACUAAGGUCGAGCUAGAGGACAAGAAGGAAUACCAUCUCUACAGGGAGUCGGAUAUCUUGGCUAAGGUUGAAUAAGAAGAUUUUGUGUUAAUAUGUCUCCUAUGAAGAUUUAGUUGAUCUGUUAUUCGUUCCGGAUAUUUAGUGAAUAAAUUUUUGUUUUUAGAAAAUCA